AUGUGUUAUUUCCAUAUAAUAACUCAAGCCUACCAGACAAAAAGUACCCAAAACAUAUCCUCUUUCCCAAACUCCUAUCCAUCUGAAGUCGGCAGCGGUUUCAACGUUAUCGAUAGUUGUUGGAGAAAAGACAGCAAGUGGGCCUCCAAUCGCCAAAAAUUAGCUGAUUGUGCCAAAGGAUAUGGAGCUGAUGCCCGAGGAGGCAAAAAUGGUGCCAUAUAUGUUGUGACUGACCCUUCUGACCACCCGAUCCAUCCCAAAAAGGGGACACUCAGAUAUGGUGCAAUUCAAAAAAGACCUCUUUGGAUCAUCUUUAAACGGGACAUGAGCAUAACCUUGGAAGGUGGUGAACUUUUUAUUAGUAGUUACAAGACUAUCGAUGGAAGGGGUGCCAGGGUUGAGAUUGCAAACGGACCUUGCCUCAGGCUCGAUAACGUGAGCCAUGUUAUUAUCCAUGGGAUCAGUAUUCAUAAUUGUUUGCGUGGGAGACUUGACUUGGUUCGUCGUGAUCCCGAUCAUCUUGUUAAUACAAGUACCAUUGGGCAAUCUGAUGGAGAUGGCAUUCGAGUGACUUCAUCUAGCAAAAUCUGGAUUGAUCAUUGCUACCUUUCAAAAUGUGGAGAUGGUCUUCUUGACAUAACUCAAGGAUCAGCUGCCGUCACCGUAUCCAACAACUAUUUCACACAGCAUAACAAGGUGAUGCUGUUAGGGCAUUCAAAUAUGUAUCCUAAGGACAAAAAGAUGCAUGUUACCGUGGUAUUCAACCAUUUUGCUUCUGGACUAGGCCAAAGAAUGCCAAGGGUUAGGUAUGGAUAUGCUCAUGUAGCAAAUAAUAAGUACGAUGAAUGGGGGUUUUAUGCUAUCGGUGGGAGCUCGCACCCAACAAUACUGAGCGAAGGCAACCACUACACUGCACGAAAUGAUCCUCGUACUAAAGAGGUUACUAAGAGAAUAUCACAUGAUCGGAGGUGGAAGAAGUGGUCAUGGAAAUCCAAGAAUGAUUUAUUUUUUAACGGGGCAUAUUUUGUUUCAUCUGGGAAAUUUUGGAGACCUGAUUAUUCUAGAUCUCAAGCAUUUAAGGUGGCUUCGGCAAAAGGAGUUCCUACUAGUUUGACUCGUGAUGCUGGCCCUCUCCGCUGUGUUGAAAAUCUUCCAUGUAGAAAUUGAAAGUGAUCAAAUAGU